UCCACUGAUGGCAAGACUUGUAGUUGAGUAUGAUGAUUAUGAAACGGCCGGUUCAUUCCGCUCCUCCCGCUAUGGUUAUCGGAUCUAAAGGCUGGAGAGACGCGACUGUCCGCUCGAUCCUGCGCGCGGAGGAACUUUUAUGUCAAACUCAUGUAGGUCAACUGGACUCCUCUACACGGUACCGCAGCCACAGUGUUGGGGCAGUUUCCUACAGACUUCCUCAACUGAAACCUUACAGUGUGAACAGCAGCGUUGAGAAGGAGCACGAUGCGAGUGACUUGGAAAAGACAGACAAAUUACGAAUAAAAUCUACUGGAACUGCGUUAACUUCUGGAAUGAUUAAUGCCCCCUUUCCUCCACCGGCCUUGCGUCAGCAGAGUGCAGAGGUCAGCAUGGGUAUGGCUGGUGAGUAUAUACGGGGUGUGCGAGAGGUGGAGGGUCGCCUGCGCAGACAGGCGGGCAGGGUAACCCAAGAGGGCACCAGAGUGGAACAUCAAAGGGAGCGACUGGAGAAACUACUCUGCAGUCUCAGGAAAGCUUUACAGGUCAAUCAGCAAAGUGCAAAUGGGAGGAUGUUUCGGCCAGCUACAAGAGAGACUAUAAAAGAUGGAGCAGACGAUCUUCUGGACCAUGAACGAAGAGGCUUGAAUGUGUUAAAAAAGGAACUUGAGAGCAUGUUGAGAAAGACUUUGAUUCAACAACAGGCUUUGGCUGACAGCAGUAGGCGAUUGUUAGAUUGUGCUUUGGAGAGGUCCAGCGUAACAGAGCUGCUUCCCCAGCAUGGUUCACUCUCAGCGGGGGUAAACACCUACCCUUCUCCCCUCUCACUGCAACCUGACCCUGCUGGACCAUUCACUCCAGAGUGCAAACAAUCUUUGGAUUCGUCAGCGGCUGUACUACGUGAAUCUCAGCAGUUCAGAGAGAACGUUACACAAGUCAUGAGUGAUGUCAUCAGCCAGCAAAAAUCUCUGCACCAAUCAGCUAGUGAGGCCCUGCUCAAGAAAAUCUCUGAAAUUAUCACCCUGGAGCAACAUUUAACACUGAGCUCAGCUGCCAUGAGACAGGCCAUUUUCCGCAAACAGAGACAAACGCAGUGUGUUGGCUACAGUCUUGGUAGAGCAAUGGGUCCUGUUUCCAGUGCUGAUCUUUUCUGUCGGGAAAAGUUGAACAGGCCCAUGACUCAGCUCUAUGGAAGGCAUUCAAGUGAUGGGCUGCCAGAAUCUGACCUCCUAACACAGGGCACAUCCAUGCUCCGGAAAUAUUAUGAAUCUUCAGGGAAAGAGAUCGCAGAACUGCAAGUAGCCCAUCAGCAGCUUGAGGAUGAUAUGUAUGGAAAGCGGGCCGCAGCCAGGGUGGACUCUGAUGUUGUCCGGCUGCGUCAAAGACUUGUACGUCCCCAGUCUAUCCGGCCUGCAACAAGUUAAAACUCUAUCCACAGCAAUAUAACAUAAAUAUGGUGCUCUGGUUUUGAAAGGAGGAAAUCUAGGGUCUUUCUACAAAGUUACCAUGUAGUGUUGUUAAAAUGGAUGUUUUUUGAAAACCUUGUUUAUUCAGGAUAUAUGCAUACAAAUUGUGUGUUGUAUGAAUAUGUUUAAGAUUUGCAAACAAACCAGACAACAACAGUAAAAUACAACAUCCAUA